AUGAAUCAAGAACAAUUCGUCAUGCAACAAGUAAAAUUUCGUGUUAACGCAAAGCCGAAAAUUUCAAAACUAAUUUUAAAUGAUAAGCAAAAAGAGGAAUUAACAAAUAUUUUCAAUUGUCAACCUAAUCCAUCGGAUCUUAGUAAAGAGAUUUUUACUACUAAAAUAUGGACAGAAAGUGAAGAAGAUCAAAAUGAGGCUAAAGAGUAUUUGAGUUUUCAAGGACUUUGGCCUCCUUAUGUUAGUUUUCCAACUUCAAGAUGGAAGACUCGUUGGAGUGAUAAAAAGAAUGGUGCAACUUUAUAUCAAUGUUGUUGUGGAUCCGAUAUGGAAUCUGCAAGAAAAACUGAAGUCGAAAAACAAAGAAAACUUCGACAAAUGUAUGAUUUUGUUGGAUGUUUAGCUUUUAUUAGAGUAGAAAAAAAUGUUAAUAAUGGAAAGUACCGACGAGUUCAUGGGUACUUGGAACACACUGAGGCUUGCCAUAGAGCAUUGCCAAAGAAAGAUACACCGACUUUAAAGGUUAAUUGUGAUAUUAAAGACAUGACGGAACUUUUGGUUAGAGCAAAUGUAUCUAUAAAAGAUAUUAUAUCUUUAAACCAAUAUUUUAUAAGAAAAAAAUUAUCAGGAAGAACGACGUUAGAUGGUCAAUAUUUUCUAGUUACAAUUUAUGACGUUAAGGAUGCAAGACGUUGGAUUAAAACCCAAAAACAAUGGCCCAUCAACAUGAAUCGAUCUGUUGAUUAUAAUCUCGAAACCUAUUUUGGCGAGGGUGCUCAAGAUCCAGAUUUAUUCCAGAACAAUAAUGAAGAUAUAAUUCUUCAAAAACUAUUAAUUGAAUAUAAUAAACGAUUGAAUAACAGUAACGGAAACCCUCAAGAGUUUACUCCAAGGAUUGCUAUUAUUGGAGAUUUUAGGGAACGUGUGGUUUCUCAAGUCUGGAACGGGAUAGAUUUGUUAUAUUCACCUCAUAAAGUGCGGCUAUGUUGGGAGACAAAAGCGGAUGAACUUUUAUUUAAAGGAGGCAGCAAAGCUAUUGAAUGUCGUCAAGCCCUCAGAGAUGAGUUGACAAAUUUAUUUAAUGUAUUAGAACGUGCCUCGGAAAGUGAAAUACGAGCACAGGUUCAGGAGAUGGAACGGCGUGCAACGCCACCAAUUGAAGCAGUGCUUCAGGGAGAAGAACUAGAAGAAGGACAAUGGAAAUGCUUACUUGAGCAGCAUAUUAAUACUAUCGCCUUUGAAGAAAAUGACCCAAAAACAUGGCAAGAAGCUACUAAUUUAUUAGGGAAGAGCCUCUCAGUCGAGUAUAAUGGAGAAUCUUUAUAUGCUAUUAUAAACACUGAUAGUUUAAAUCCAGAGACUUGUCGUGAUAAUGAUGAAAUGAACUCUUAUUCAGUUGAUAUCAACCUACGACAUUGGACCAUUCCAUUCAUUAAAUUACCAUCACGGAAGGAAGCUCUUUUAGCAUUGCAACGUCAAGCACAGAAAAAAAUGUUUCCAAUUCUACCUUCUACUGAUAUGUAUGACAGCGAAUCAGAAAAUGAAUCUGAGGACAUUGAUUCUAUUGAAUCUUAUACAACACCAUACUCUGACUUUAAUAAUUGGACAUCAUCAAGGCAAAUUCCAGAAAAUAAUGAAUCCAUGUCUUCCAUUCAAAUAUGGAAUACUACGUUAUCUUCUGUUACAAAUAAGUUGUUGACUAAUUUCGAUGAUCUUUCACCCCUUGGAAAUAAACUAAAUCAGAAUCAAGCAAUCAUUCCAACAGGUGUAAAUGCUAGUUUGAAAACAUUAAACUUGGAGGUGGUCGCAAAAUUGAAAGCAGUUUUAGAAAGUGAACAGACUAAAGAUCUGAUCAAUACUUUAAAACAGAUACGACAAGCCGUCGUGACAGAUCCUUCGGGAGGCAGUAUGAACGAUAAUGGGACAACAAAUAACAAUUCAAUGGUAUAA